CGACAGGAGACGCUAGCGCGCAGUGUGGGGUGGGGAGGUUGAGCUCCCGGACCCGAGCUCUUCAGCAGACGGGCGCCGCGGCGUAGGCACCCACCCAGCUCUUGGUUCCUGGCGGCUCGCACGGAAGUCAUCAUCCCCACCUGUCAUCCGUUGGGUUCCCUGGAAGAAGACUUGGAGGCUCUGAGAAUUGUGUGAGUGUGUAGCAUGGCUCAGCUGGCUGCUUCCUUUCUUCCAGUAAAUAGCUGCACCUUCCUCCUUACCUCUUCCCAAACAGAGCACAUGUCUCCAUAGUACUACGGAGGGGGAGGAGGAGGAUUGUUUAGGGAAGAGAGAGCCCUUUCAGAGUUCCACGCGGCAGUCUCCUUGCCACUGGGGAUGGGCACAGCUCUAGCUGCUCUGACUUGAAGAGGUCCCACUGGGUGGAUUGCUAAAUGGCCACCUGCUUCUGAGCAUUGUUCAACCUGGCAGGAUCCUUGGAACCGGGAGGUAAAAAAAGACAGCAGCAGCCGACUUGCGUGGGACUCCCCUGGCUCUUCUGCCCGAGACCCUACCACUCCCUCUCCCUGGCAGCCUGUGUUCUGGGCCUCACCCAGACAGUCUUGAGUAGGAACAAGCCAUCUCAUCAUUCACAGCCAUGAAUUUCCUCCGGCGACGCCUCUCUGACAGCAGCUUUGUGGCCAACCUGCCGAACGGCUACAUGACAGACCUCCAGCGCCCAGACAGCUCCACCAGCUCCCCUGCAUCCCCAGCCACGGAGAGGAGGCACCCCCAGCCCCUGGCAGCCUCCUUCUCCUCUCCAGGAUCCAGCCUUUUUAGCUCCUUCUCCAGUGCCAUGAAGCAGACCUCACAGGCCCCCUUGGGGCCGAUGGAGCCUCCAGGUCCCUCCACGCCUGUUGUUCAAAGGCCCAGAAUCCUGUUGGUGAUCGAUGAUGCCCACACAGACUGGGCCAAGUAUUUCCAUGGAAAGAAGGUGAAUGGAGAGAUUGAGAUCCGAGUGGAACAGGCUGAAUUCUCAGAGUUGAAUCUCGCUGCCUAUGUUACUGGGGGCUGUAUGGUGGACAUGCAGGUUGUGAGAAAUGGGACCAAGGUUGUGAGAUCCUUCAAGCCGGACUUCAUCCUUGUCCGCCAGCAUGCCUACAGCAUGGCCCUGGGCGAAGACUACCGCAGCCUGGUCAUCGGCCUCCAGUAUGGAGGGCUGCCUGCCGUCAACUCCCUCUACUCUGUCUACAACUUCUGCAGCAAGCCCUGGGUGUUCUCUCAGCUCAUUAAGAUCUUCCAUUCCCUGGGUCCUGAGAAGUUCCCGCUUGUGGAGCAAACGUUCUUCCCCAACCAUAAGCCAAUGCUCACAGCCCCACACUUCCCUGUGGUGGUCAAGCUGGGACACGCCCACGCCGGAAUGGGAAAGAUCAAAGUAGAAAACCAGCAUGACUACCAGGACAUCACCAGCAUGGUGGCUAUGGCCAAAACCUAUGCCACCACUGAGGCCUUCGUCGACUCCAAGUACGACAUCCGCAUCCAGAAAAUUGGAUCCAACUACAAAGCUUACAUGAGAACCUCCAUCUCUGGAAACUGGAAGGCCAACACAGGCUCUGCUAUGCUGGAGCAGGUGGCCAUGACAGAGAGGUACAGGCUGUGGGUGGACAGCUGCUCAGAGAUGUUCGGUGGCCUGGACAUCUGCGCCGUCAAGGCUGUCCACAGCAAGGAUGGCAGAGACUACAUCAUUGAGGUGAUGGACAGCUCCAUGCCCCUGAUUGGAGAACACCUGGAAGAGGACAAACAGCUGAUGGCCGAUCUCGUUGUCUCCAAAAUGAGCCAACUCCCGAUGCCAGGGGGCGCAGUGCCCUUGCCCCUGAGGCCUUGGACUCCUCAGACUAAACCAGCAAAACCCCCCGGGCAAGCCCAGCUUGGGCCUCCGCUCGGACAGCCUCAGCCACGGACACCCACACAAGGGGGCCCUCGCCAAGCUCAGUCUCCUCAGCCCCCGAGAUCUGGAAGCCCCUCGCAACAGAGGCUCUCCCCACAAGGCCAGCAACCCCUGAGCCCCUCAUCUGGAUCUCCACAGCAGCAGAGGUCACCAGGCUCUCCACAGCUAUCCCGCACAUCUGGAGGCAGCUCUCCAAACCAGGUCUCCAAGCCAGGCACCACCCUUACCUCACAGCCCCGGCCCCCCAUGCAGGGCCGCAGCACCUCCCAACAGGGUGAAGAGUCCAAGAAACCAGCAACACCCCACCCCCAUCUCAACAAAUCCCAGUCCCUGACUAACAGCCUCAGCACGUCUGACGCCUCCCAGCGUGGGACCCCAAGUGAAGACGAGGCCAAGGCCGAGACCAUCCGCAACCUGAGGAAGUCUUUCGCCAGCCUGUUCUCUGACUAACCCUGUCCAGGCUGGGGAGGGGGUGCCCCGUUACCCUCCCCCCCUCCUGCCCCAUCCUCCGUCUCAGCCUUGGUUCCUGACGGGAACAGAAUGGAGGGCCUGAGAAUAUACUUUCCAGAUGCCUUUGAUCGAGGAAUUGAGUAUCUACACGUGUUCCCACUUUCCUUUGCCAUGACGUUCCAGCAUUGCCCGACUGAGGGGUGGGCCUUUGAGAGCCUCCAGAUUCCUCAAAACGGGCCUUAAAGACAGGCAUCACAUCAACCUUCCUACCCAGAUGCUUGCUUCCCUGCCUCAGAUAACCAAGUGAGAUGUCUGUGUGUGGCUAGUUUUGACAUUUCUUGUGAGUGUUUUGCUUGCCUUUGGGAAGGGCCCCCUCUGAGCCUUGCCCCACCUCCAUCAAAUGCAGACGCCGAAGUCAGACCUCAGCAAUGUAGGAGGCAAUAACCUUUUGACAGUGUUUUGCAGACAAAUGGAGAAAAGUGCAGCCAGGGGAACCUACCAUCUACCCUUGCAGGUCCCAUCCAAGCUCAAGAGAUGGCCCUGCAGACCAGACAGGCAAAGGCCCUAUCACACCCGCCGCCAGUGGAUCUUGAGGACCAUGGAAAGAAUUCAGAGGCUGUGUGACACGUGGGGCCUUUCAGAACCCAACAGGAACAGAGGGGAGACUGUACAGGGCCGCUCGUGCCCAGAGUGCUGUCCUAAAUUGGACAGCCAAGAGCAGACCACCCGUUCUUUUAGGAAUCAUCACUAGUUCCCAGAGGGGGAAUAUGCCUUCCACUUCCCAAGGAAGGAGUUAGGUUAGGGCCUCUCCACCCCAUUCCGUGUUACACCGCCCUUUGGUCUCUGAAUUCCCACCAGGAAUGUCGUUUUCUCCUCAAGGAUAUACAAGGAACCAGAGAUGAGGAUGGAUGACACAGGAUCAGAAAUUGCGAUGAUAGUAACUUCUAGCUCGGCCGGCGUUUUACAGACAGUGUACAGCAAGGCACUGGUAGGUUACUCAGUUAUGAAAGGGUUCACUGGUCAAACGUGUUUAGGAAACACUGUUUUUUGUUUGUUUCUUUUCUGAGAUUGAUAGUACAUAUCAAAGGCUCUUGGAAUUCCUGCAGCAAAGAAAUUAGCUUUAACUUUGUUUAACCCACACUUAUUUGACUAAACAACUGCAGAGCUGGAAAAUGUAACCCUGACUCCCUUCCCAAUGCUUUCUCCUACAUCAGACUCCUCUCAUGAUUAGAUGGGGUGCAGGGGUGUCCCAAAUCUCCAAGCACCUGGUGCUAGAAACAUUGUAGGUGCCAGACCAGCCUCCUGGUUCCAAAGAGCAGAGGAUAAUCCAAUGUAGCCAUGCUAUCCCCUUACAGCUCACUUUGCAGCUUGAGACACGCCUUCCCUUCACUGUUCAUAGGGAAGGGUGAGAGGGAGGUAAAAAUGAAAGUGUCCUUGGCCUGGAGCUGCAUUCUGAGUAAAAGAGUGCAGAAAACUGUUGGGCAGGAUGUAACACCACAAAGCCACGUGUUUUAGAAGAUUGAGAAAACAGGAAGUACGUGAGGCGAUCGUCAUCACUCUUCUACACUGAAAAUUAAGAUUGGAAGAAGAAAUCAAACUAUCUCACCCAAUUCUUACUUAGUAAUAAAACACAGCCCAAAAUACACAACAAAGUGGUGAUAGGCUAGACAAAGUUUCUCAAAGCGUGGGACAUGGCCAUGUGCAUAGCUAGCUUCAUUUCAGACCAAAGGAUUCAGAAUUUCUGGUCAUAGGCCCAGAACCUGUAUCUUUGUCAUCUCCCUAAGUAUUUUAAAUGCACAUUGAAGUUAGACCAGCAGCCCUGCCCUGAGCUGUGUGGGAAAGCUGCUGUGUGAGAAACAGUACUGGUGUGGAGGCAUCACAGCCAGGGCCCACUCCUUUGGUGAGCAAAACUAGUGACUCCAUAAACAAUGAUUACGUGGCUUACAUUUUCCCACUUUCCCAUAUUCUGUCCCUUGUCCCUAAAAACACCCCAACAUUCAAACCAUAUUUCCCAGAUACUCCAGUAGAAUAUCAAACUCAUUUCUCAGGCCAGGCAUCCUUGUUUUUAUAGCCAUGCACAGAAGAUUCCAUGACAUAAGUUUAUAACCAACACAUUGAAAUAAAUUUUCCCAUCAGUCUGUGUAUAAGUAUAGAGACCAAGAAUGGUCCUUUGGAGACCGUUGAUCCCCAAAAUGGACUGUUUUCUCACAUAGGCUA